AAACCACGGUUACUUUCUAACUCUUCUCCUUUCCUGGACCUUUUCCUUUCUCCCAGAUCUGUUCAAUCUUAUUCACUCUAAUUUACCACCCAAUUUUUUUUUUUUUUUUUUGGAAUCCGAUUCUGGAUUUACUCAAUUUCCCCCAAUUUGUGAUUUUUAUUUUCAAUUCCAAUCUUUGACUGAUUAUAAUAUAUUUAUUUUUCUCUGCCGAUUUGAAUAUUUAAUUUGUUUCUUCUAUAUGGAUGGAGACCCAAAGAGUGUUGGAUUUCCCGCAUAGAAGCAUGGAUAAAAGACCUCGAAAACGACCUCGUUUGACGUGGGAGAUACCUCCAGCUGUUCCUCCUCCCCCUCCCCCAAAGAUUCUUCCAACUAUAUACUGUGGUCAAGAAUUUGGGGCAGUCCCCAAUUUUGCGUAUUCUUCGAUAUAUUAUAAAGGGAUUCCCCGUAACGGCUCUCCUCCUUGGAGAUUGGACGAUAAAGAUGGGCAUUAUGUUUUUGCGAUUGGGGAGAACUUGACUCCUCGUUAUAGGAUUCUCAGUAAAAUGGGCGAAGGAACUUUUGGGCAAGUUCUAGAAUGUCUGGACAAUGAAAGGAAAGAAAUUGUUGCAAUUAAAGUAGUUCGUUCAAUACAGAAGUACCGCGAAGCCGCCAUGAUCGAAAUCGAUGUCCUACAGAAACUAGCAAGGCAUGAUAUCUGUGGCACACGUUGUGUGCAAAUACGGAAUUGGUUUGACUAUCGUAAUCAUAUUUGUAUCGUAUUUGAGAGGCUUGGUCCAAGCUUAUAUGAUUUUCUACGCAAAAACAGCUAUCGUUCAUUUCCCAUUGAUCUUGUCCGGGAGUUUGGCAGACAACUUUUGGAAUCUGUGGCAUUUAUGCAUGAUCUUCGCCUGAUCCACACCGAUUUGAAACCAGAAAAUAUUCUUCUCGUUUCCUCAGAAUACAUUAAAGUUCCAGAUUAUAAGUUUCUGUCGAGAUCCGUAAAAGAUGGUUCAUACUUCAAAAAUCUACCCAAGUCAAGUGCAAUAAAGCUUAUUGAUUUUGGUAGUACCACAUUUGAACACCAAGACCACACCUAUGUAGUGUCUACCCGCCAUUAUCGUGCUCCGGAGGUUAUUUUGGGUACCGGAUGGAAUUAUCCCUGCGAUUUGUGGAGUAUAGGUUGCAUACUUGUGGAAUUGUGCUCUGGAGAAGCACUUUUCCAGACUCAUGAGAACUUGGAACAUCUUGCAAUGAUGGAAAGGGUGUUAGGUCCACUGCCUCAAAAUAUCAUUAUGCGAGCCGACCGGCGUGCUGAGAAAUAUUUCAAAAGGGGAUCGAGAUUGGAUUGGCCAGAGGGUGCCACAUCAAGAGAAAGUAUGAGGGCAGUUUGGAAACUACCCCGACUUCAGAACCUUAUAAUGCAACAUGUGGACCACUCGGCUGGAGAUUUGAUCGAUCUUUUGCAAGGGCUUUUACGAUACGACCCGGCACAACGGCUUAAAGCAAGAGAAGCUCUAUCUCACCCCUUCUUCACAAGGGAUCUUAGAAGGUUCGGUUAUCCGUUGUGAAGGCAAAAUCUUACCGAAUAUUUAUGUAACCUGUGGUAAAAAAAAGUAAGAAUAAAUCCACAUGCAAAUGCACCGCGAAUGCGACUAAAAUAGAUAAGAGGGAAAGAGAAAAGAAAAGAAAACGAACGAACUGUUGUCAACUUCAAAUGUACUAAUACUGCCAGUCUUGUUCACUGUUGUAAAGUGUACCCCUCUAUCAGGUGUGUAUUAUUUUGUUUUAUUUUCUGUUUUCUUUGUU